AUGGUUCGAUCUCGUCCCCUCCCUUCCGCAAUCGAUUUCAAUAAGCUAAUUGGUGUGGUCGUGAGAAUGAACCGACCAGAUCUUGUGAUUUCUCUCUAUCGGAAGAUGGAAUUGCGCAGAAUUCCAUGUAAUAUCUACAGCUUCUCUAUUCUGAUAAAAUGUUUCUGCACUUGCUCUAAGCUUCCCUUUGCUCUGUCUACAUUUGGGAAGAUCACAAAACUUGGUUUCCAGCCCGACGUUGUGACGCUUAACUCAUUCCUUCACGGUUUAUGUGUCGAAGAUAGGAUUUCUGAAGCAUUAGAUUUGUUUGAUCUAAUGGCUAAAACGGGAUGCACACCAAAUGUCGUAACGUUCAACACACUGAUGAAUGGUCUUUGCCGUGAGGGUCGAGUUCUCGAAGCAGUAGCUCUGCUUGAUCAGAUGGUACAAAAUGGUCAUCAUCCUGACGUUGUUACUUACGGAACAAUUGUAAACGGAUUGUGUAAGAUGGGGGACACUGCGUCGGCCUUGAAUCUUCUUAGGAAGAUGGAGGAAAGCGGCAUCAAAGCCAAUGUUGUAAUCUUUAGUGCCAUCAUUGAUCGUCUUUGCAAAGAUGGAUGUCAUAACGAUACUCAAAUCUUUUCGACGAAAUGA